AUGACUCACAGCAAGAAAAUCAACGGCAAACACAAGGGCCUCGAAGGACCACUGAUUGUAACCAACCCCGGUUUGGCCCAAGUCCGACUCGCCGUCAGCUGGCCCGACCGCCCGGAUUGCAAAUUCAACCUCAACGAAUAUGACCAACCUGGGGUCCAGCGUGCCCUUAUUCGAGUUAUAAAGAAGGCUCACGGCGGAUGGUUAGCUAGUCUACAUAAAUCAUCACCCAACAACCAUCCUCUGCGAAGUCGCCAUAAACCCACAAGUUCAAAACAACCGCGCACAGAUGCCUUACCACCGACCAGAACCCGAUAG